UAUAUUUUUGAUUUGAUUUUUAAAAGAUUUAAUUUAAAAAAUUAAAAUCAACAAUCAUCAUGUUCCCCCGACAACAAACGAAACAAACCGAUCACUUAAAUAUUAUUUUUUUUAAAUAAAGUGUUUAAAAAGCUGCGGGUACAGCUUUUAAUACGAACGUUAUAAGUGACUUAACGAAUGAAAAUUAACGCGACAAAAACAUGAAUUUUGAUAUAAAUUUAAAAAUAAUGUAAUUAUGUUGAUUUUAACACCAUCACAACAAACGGACGACCAACACACUACACCCACAUCAUUAUUAAAACAUAAUAACAAUAAUAAUAAUGAUAGAACGUUACCCCCACCACCGCGUGUUAUAUCGGCUGAAAUUAAAAAACCUAAUGGAUGUAUUAUAACGCCACCUGUAAAACAACAACAUGUACAGCGUGUUCAAGGAACAAAAAAUGGUUGUUUGGCGAAUAAAAAUAAUUGUAAGAAAAAUAUAUCAUCAUCAUUGGAUUUUAUACAACCAAAAAUUAGUGGUGAAUUAUUCGUUCAAUAUGAAGAUGAUAUAAAUAAAAAACCAAUAUGGCUACGUAGUCAUGUGAAUAUUUAUGGUGGAAUAUUAUUUAUAACAAAUUUUAUUAUAAACAAACAACGUAUCCCGUUACGUGAUUUUAAUUUACGUCCUGUCACCUCUACAUCUCAAGAUGAUUCAACAACAACGUCCAAUCGAUAUAUAUUUGCAUUAUUUAGUCGUCAUAAUGAUCAACGACCUGAAGUUACAUUUAAGACCAGAACCGAACAUGAAUACAAUAUAUGGAUCAAAAUCAUUUCAAUAGAAUUGUUAAAACAAACAUCGAUCUAUAAUAUUAAAUAUUUAGAUCUGAUGGGUCUAACAUUUAAUAUCAACAAUCACACUGUUGCUACAACAAAUAAUAAUUGUAUAAACAACAACAAUGAACAAGAACAACGGACAAGGCGUCGGUCUUCAUCCUCAUCAUCGGAUCAUAGCACGACUAGCAGUCAUACUGAUUGUAGUAGUCGAUGUAGUUCAUUAAGUAGUCAUCAUUCUAGUAGUAAUAAUUCUUUAACCUCUAGAAUAACAAGUAAUUAUAGUUGUAGUAGAUGUAAUUCUUUAAAUCGUUAUAAUUCUAAUAGUAGUUAUUCCAUUAACGAUAAAAAAUGUAGUAGUUGUAGAAAUAAUUCAAAUAGUAAUAUAACGAAAGUUAGUAAUACAAGAAUAACACCUACAACAGUUAGUAGAUAUAAUUCCAAUAGUAAUAAUUCCACAAAACCUACAGCAAAUGAAAAACGUCGAUGUUUUAGUGAACUUAAUCUAAAUUUAUUCGAAGAAAAUAAUACCAAAGAUAAUUUUAAUUUUAAUAAUAAUCGAAUUUUAGCUUCUACAUUAUCCUCAUCAUCUUCAUCUUCGUCGGAAGAAGAAGAUAAUCUUGAUAACACUAAAACAUCAUCAUGUAUAGAUUGUUCAAAUAAUUAUUUAUCGUACUCCGAUUAUAAAAAACUUCUAGCUAAAGAGAGAAUCCAACGUGUUUUACAACCAAAAAUUGAAAAAACACAAGAAACGAAUAAUAAUAAUAAUAACACCGUAAUAGUACCAAUACGCUCAUAUACUCGCGUAUAUAACAUUCGGGAAGGUGUACAAUUAAAAUCAUACGAUUUGCAACUGAAAUCACCCCCUGAACCGAUUAAAUCACAUGUUAAAAACAGUGGUGAAUCAAAAAAGAUCGAUAUGUUACGUAAAAAUACAAAUCAACUAAUAAAUAAUAACAUAACCUCACAAUCAAACGUCAUUGAAGAAACAGUUGAACAAUUAUUAAAGAAGUGUCAAAAUUCAGAUAAUUAUGUUCCUGUUAAAGAUAAAUUAGUCUUGUUUGAAUCUUUAUGUAAAUUAGGUCGUAAAUCUUUAAUAAAUAAUCAAAAUUUAAUUAUUGGUGCAAAUAACAAUUACAAUAAUACGUUAUCCAUUGAGAAACGUCGUACUCAAUCGAUGUACGAUUUAAAUAAUAAUCAUAUUAAUGGGGCGGGGGGUGUUCGCCAAAUAUGUAAAUAUUUUGAAACACAAUCAACAACAAAUAAUACAAAUAAAUUCAAUACAAUUGCAAAAGGUUAUCGUAAAGUAAUCAGUGUUGACACUCCACCACUAACGCCAUCUGUUGAUUCGAAACACUCAUUAAAUAAUAAUGAUAAUGGAUUAUCACAGUAUUCUGGUUCACGUAAAACAAAAAUGAAUAAUUUACGAAAGAGUUCACAAUUUAUUAAAAGUAAUACGUCGUACUCGUUAUAUAAUCAAAGUUUUGAUGAUUUUAAUAAAAAUACGAAAAAUUAUUUCGGUUUUAAACAAUUUCGAGAAGGUAAUAAAAUUAUAUCGUAUGUUUGAAAUCAUCGAUUUUGUGGCGUUUUGUAACACCCAUUCCAUUGUUAUUUAUUUUUAGAUUGUUAAGUUGCCUCUGUUGAUCACGAAAUUAAAUUUUCGUAAUUUGAUUUCUUGUCAAAAAAAUUUUUAGAAUCAUUAAAUCACAAAAAUUGAGGCAAACCUCUUUGAAGCACUCAAGCUUCUCUCUCUCUCUCUCUCUCUCUCUCUCUCUCUCUUCAAAAUUGCAAGGUCAUAGAAUAUAGCACAGCAGUCUAAGUUUAAUAUUAACGGUUUUUUGUUUUUCACGAAUGCGUUUUCUCUUUAUCGGAUAGCUCUACAGUAUUCCCGGUUGAAGUUGAUUGGUUAAAAAACAUUCUUGUGGGAAUAUCCACCCAAUUUUAUUUUUGUUUCUUUGCAAGAUUUUUGGAACUUAAUCCAUCAUAUAGAUAAUCAGCUUGUUUUUAACCCUCGGCGUCAAAGAAGUGGGAAUUGUAUUAAUGAACAAUUUAUCUCUUUUUGCCUACGACUUUAGUAUUCCCCUAUUCGAAAUCUAUAAUUGAAUCGAAUUAUUUGAAAUUCCAUGACAAGAAAAAUUACGAUUAUGUUCUCCUAGUUAGAAAUCAUAAACCCAUACAAUUAUUUGAAGUAAAAUUUUUACCCUUCAACAAGAAGCUAAAAAUAAUUAUGUUGACUAAUUAUGAAUUAAUAUUAAUUAAUUCACAAUUCACAUACAAAGCGAUGAGCGAUCAGCGAGAUACGAUUAGCAACUGAACUGUAUGAAACUAUGAUUAACAAUUUAAAAAUGAGGUUUUGAGUCUCAUUUAUCACAAUUUCGUAAACUUCAGUGGACUGUUUUGAUGUUAAUCGCAGAUUUAUCUCCAAAGGAAUAUCUGUCGGGGGUUUAUAAAAAUUUGUAAUUUUUAAUAAACAAUAAUAUGUCCCAUCAACGAUAUUAUACUAACUACGCUUAAAAAUUAAGUACCUUAAUUUUAAUUACAAUUAUUUGUUCUAGUAUUCUGAUUUUAAGUUCAUAUAAAUUGUAAUAUUCUGAAUUACUUAAUUAAU